GCGGCCCCUCCGGCUCGCCGUCGUCUCCCGGCGUGCUGAGCGCUGCGCCGGCCCCUUGUGUGGCGGCGCGAUGGCGGCCCCGUCCCAGGGUUCGGACAUGUUUGAUGAGAUCGUGAUGGCCGAUGACAGGUUUCACGGGGAGGGCUACCAGGAGGGGUACGCCGAGGGCAGCCAGGCGGGGGCUGCUGAGGGGCGGAGGUGCGGCGGCCUGCAUGGCGCCAAGAUCGGCGCUGAGAUUGGCAGCUACCUUGGAUUUGCACUGACCUGGCAGCGUCUGCUCCCAAAAUGUACAGAUGAAAAGAACAGUAAAAAGAUAAGGGCUCUGGAUUCAUUAAUAGGAAUGAUUCAGAAGUUCCCAUAUGAAGACCCCACUUACGAAAAGCUUCAAGAUGAUCUGGAAAAAAUCAGAGGAAAAUUUAAACAGCUCGUGCCAGGUCAGUCAGAGAUGAGCAGAGGUAAUCGAGGUCUGAUUUGAGUGGGCAGCCUUUGGCUUUCAGCUUUUCAGUGACACUACUAGGAAUCUUACCAGAGCAUCUAGCCCACCUGCUUGGGUCAUUCCUGUGGCUCUCCUGAAACAGUAGCUCCAAGCUUCUCUUUCUCCUUUAUCUGGAGUUUUCCAUCCCUUUAAAUGCCAGUAUGCUUCCACAUAAGUGGAUUUCCAGUUUCUGCAUUUAAUGGACCCUGCUUAUUCUUUAAUAAAGAAUGUGUGAUGUUAAUAUUCAUAAAAGAUACGAGUUUGCCAGUCUUAAUUCAGCAAUGGAAUUGGUGGUUUUGGAGAUCUUUUGGAUGUUUUCUGUGUAUGCUUCUCCAUCUGAUGUAAUAAAGUAUUUUUCCUUUUAAUGAGCAAGAGCGCAGCCUAGCUGAAUGUGCAGAUUUUUUACAGCCUAUAGUAAAUUGUUUUUCUUGCUACAUUCUUGUCAUCCUGCCCUUUUCAAUGUGAAUAAUACAUUUGAAUUUAGUAGGCUGCAUUCAGAAAUGAUGCUUAAGAGAAAGAAAAUGUAAAUAGCAGAGCUGACAGUCAGGACUUAAACCUACUGAAGUGACAGAAUAUCUGAUUUUAAUAGUGUAAAACAUCAUAGAAAAGGCAAAAACCACUUAACACGUUCAACAGAAAGCAGGUUGAAAUUUCUCAUUGUUUUUUUUUUUCCCCCAGCAAAAAGCUGUUUGUCCCAAAUCAGGAUCCUAAGUCUGUCCUCCCUCAAAACAUAUGAGUGAAUGCACUAGGACAGACUGAUUUUGCACUAGACUGUGUGUAACAGUUGUCAGCAGCUUUCAUUGUAGCCUCCUUUGCAGUAGUUACUGCUUAGAAAAGGUUGUGACGUGCAGUUUAGUCCCUGGGAAGCUCAUAAAGCAGAUACCACUUGUCAUCCAGGGAGACUUGACAUUUCAGGUGAGUUGAUACUUCUAAUGCAGUAAUUGACAUCACGUUCUCCUCUCAUGCUCCAUAGUCAGUACAUAGAUAGGAAGUGUGAUUGUUCUCCACAAAGAAUGAUCUGUUGCUGCUGUGCCCAGCUCUUGCAAUUGGCAACACGCAUCGUUUUCAGAGAGGCACCUUGGAGAAGGAAUUGGCAAACAGUUUGUAAGUUUUUCUCAUUUUGUAAUCGUACCUCAUUACUGUUGUAUUUCCUUCUCAAGUCCAGUUCUUUUUUUGUGUAUUGUAGCAGGCUUUUUUCUGUAUUAAUUCCUCAUCAUCUCUGAUACCAGUAACCAGCAAAAGCUCUCUAGGAGGCGGGGGGAAGGAAGAGACUGCUGAUUUUAACUUGGCUUUUUUUAAAACAAACCCUUUCUGUAAAUGCGUUGCCAGGCACAAAACCAUACAGUGAGCAACACUGACAAGCAUAAUUGAGUGCCAGUCACCUGCCCACUUCUAAGAACACCUGCUUUCCUGAAGCAGUGAUAAAAAUGUUAGCGUUGCAAUUAUUAAAGCCCAGUCAGAAUGAGAGUGGUGUGGCUUAUUUGUUACAUGACACAGUUACUACCAUUCUGAAUGUGUGAAAGUAAUAAAACACAACAAGACACAACAAGAAGGCACUGGGUUUUACCAAUUUUAUUUCUAGACUUUAGUGUUGUUUUUUUUUUGUUGUUUUUUUUUUGUUUUUUUUUUUUUUGCUGGAAACUUGUCUGUUACAGGUCUGUUGGUGAAAAUGUGCAUUUCAGACCAGUGAUGCCAAUAAGUACAAUAUAAAAAUGUACAAAUCUGAAUUGCUUGCUUACUACAGAUUGUUAUAACAACGUGACAAACAAAGCAUCUCUGUUGGCACAUGAACCCACGUAUCUGGAUUUGGCAUUUCAGUACAUACAAUAUGGAAAGAAAUUUGCAGUACACACUGCCACUCAGUGUAACACGUAACAUAACCAACAACCACUAACUCAGUAAUCAUGUUUGGUUCAGAGACACAGAGAUGCCACAAACAGAAGUGUUUAAUGAGGUAAGCAGUAAGAAAUGUUCCUGAAAUUUGGACAGAAUGUAUCCAGUCCUCCUGGGUCCUGCGACUGCUAGUAGCAUUGCAAUGCUCUGUUUAUGCACUAUGUAGAGUCUUAACUGCAUUUGCCUCAAAAGAGUUCUAAUUCUGUUUUGGUUUAGCAGCAUACAGGCAACAGCUAGAUUAUUCUUCAGCAUACAACUCUGUUAGCUGGCUUAUUUAUGAGAUUUACAGGCUUUUUAAAUUAGCAUUAUGCUAUAAUUAACAAAAAAAAAAAAUUAAAAACAAAAACAAAAACUAAAAAAAAAAAAACCAACAAACAA